ACCAUGCGUGUGGCAUGAGCAUGAGUUACGCACGUCGUUUUAUUGACAUACUUGCAUAAACCAAUGAUUUAAAGAAUCGCGAAGUUUAUACGUUUCGAUUUUAUUUACGAUUUACUUCGGAUAUUUUCGUACUAACUGUCUAAGUUCAUAAUUAGCUAUUAAAGAGUCAUAAUGAAGAUAAAACGUCAGAAGCAUGCGAAGAAAAGCAUCACUUUUUAUAAGUACAACUUUAGCUUUCGGCAACCUUUCCAAGUAUUACUAGAUGGGACAUUUUGUCAAGCAGCGCUGAAGAAUAAGAUACAAAUUAAAGAACAGUUGCCAAAGUAUCUCAUGGGAGAGGUUCACCUCUGUACCACGAACUGUGCACUGAAGGAACUUGAGUCUCUUCCGAAGGAACUGUAUGGAGCAAAACUCAUUUUACAGAGAUUUCAAAUCAGGAACUGCAAACACACCAAAGAACCACUACCUGCCUCACAGUGUUUGCUUUCAAUGCUUGGGGAGACAAAUCCACACCACUACUUCAUUGCAACACAGGAUCCAGAGUUAACUACAGCCCUGAAGAAGAUCCCAGGGGUUCCCCUGCUCUACAUUAUCCUGAACACCAUGGUUCUAGACAAACCCUCUGCUUCUACACUGAAGCACAUAGAAGCUGUUCAGCUGGGUGAAAUAGUGAGCUCAUCCCAACAAAAAAGCAUCCAGAGUCUUAAAGAGAAGCAGGGCCUCAGCAAAGAUGGUGAGGAGAAAAGAGGCAAGAAACGCAAAAGAAAAUCUAACAACCCAAACCCUCUUAGCUGCCUGAAGAAAAAGACGAAACCAAUGCAACAACAGCCUAAAAAGACUGAUGGAGAGAGAAAAAAACGGAGUCGACACAAGAAACGAAAGAUUGCUGGGGGAGAGAUGGCAACAGUCAACAAAAACCCCACAACUACCUAGAGUCAAACUCCACAUUCAUAUUUUAAAGAAUGUCAUUUAUUGUAUAGACGUUUCAAUGACCAUCCAUAUUUACCAGCAAACUGCUUGGUUUGUCUAAUAAACAAGUGUUUGUGGAAGUUCAGUAUACAGGUUGAGAUAUUGUGUAUUUGUAAAGUGGGCUUUAUGUGUGGACAUAAAUUAUUCAAUGAUAACAGCCAUUUUUAUUUAGGGUGCAUUGGGAAAACUCUUUUAUGGUAAAUGUAAAAGUUUGGGGACAUUAAGAAUGUAAUUUUGAAGGGGGUUUAGAGGGAGCUUUUACUGGACUUUGUGUGCUUUCUUACCACAAGAGGGUGUUGCAGCCUCCAAUCUUUAGGCUCUCAUGAACUCAUCUCCAAAAAUGUGUCAGUCUUCUAAAGUCUUAAAUUGAACAAAAGGUUGUAUAUGAUGUAAGACUUUUGAUUUAAGUAUUGCAUCGAGAGCUACUUCGGUUUAAAGCUAGAUUUUUUUGGCAUAGCAGAGAGAUGGAUGGUCCCGUAUGGAUACUACUAUUUGGCUAACAGAGCACUAGAAGGAUGUUAAAUUUGACUCCCGUUUAAUUACUAAAAAAAAGAAUUGGUCCCAUUCUGUCUUUUUGAAAAGCCUCUAAUGUCAGAUAAACAUCUAAAAACCUUUGUUUUUUGAUCUGUGGUUUUAUAUAAAGCUUUAAUUAUGUCACUUCUAUUUUUAUCCCGACUUAGUUGUAUUGCUUAUUUGUGCCGGUUGCUAGAGGAAACAGGGAGCACAGGGCAGCAUGCGGCUCCACAUGGCUGCCUGUGCGGUUGUGUUCGUCAGAGUUUAAAUAAAGGGUUCACAAAGCCGGUGAGUUUAAUUUCCCCUCAUAGACAGUUUGAUGAAUAGCUCUGAUUGUGAGAGGGAAAAUAACCUCACUAGGCUGGUUAUUACUAACAUUUGUCAAUAAAACAUAAAAUCAAA